AUGUCCGACCCACCUGCUUCGAUUUCACGACCGCCUUCUCCCCCUAUCACGCUUAAAAAUCCGUUUUCUGCGUCCUUUGAGCGCUUCAGAAGAGAAGAAGCUGCCGACUGGGCUGGCGCGUUUACCCUGCUGGACACGGUCGAAACCUACUUCGACUCUCAUGUCGAUCUCCUACAACGCAAGCUCCAGAAGCACAGCGAUAGACUAAAGAAGGACCUGAUGUCGAGAGCGGAAGAGUUCAAAAUCAAAGACUUUUCUGGAGAUCAACUUGCGGAGAACUUCGAGCGAGAGUUUAAGGGCUUCAAGAUAAAGCUCCAAGCUAGGAUGACGAAACUCUCGACCUCCUGGCAGUCUGCCAAGGUUGUGAGGACACGCGAAAAAGUGUCUUUCUUCUUUGGCGUCAUGUCUCUCGUGUUCUCUGCUUUAUUAUUUGGUCUCGCACCCCAAUGGGUACACAUUGCCUACACUAUACUUGGAUCAUACCUCUUACCUUAUCGUGCCUACACCUACAAGAAGAAGGCGUGGCAUUAUUUCUUAUUCGACCUGUGCUACUAUGUCAACAUUCUCAACUUCAUAUACUUGUGGGGUCUGCCAGGGAGUCCGGCGCUGUUUACCGCCUGUUAUUGCCUUUCACAUGGGUCUUUGGCAAGCGCCGUGAUAACAUGGCGAAACAGCCUUGUCUUCCAUGACCAAGAUAAAGUCACCUCUCUAUUCAUCCACAUCUAUCCUGCAUUUACUUUUACCGUCAUUCGGCACUUUUACCCCGGUGCAGAUCAGCGGUUCCCCGCUCUCCUCGAACUUCCGCAUCUCAAUCCACUUCGAGCCCUUCUUCUGAGCGGCGUUAUCUAUCUCAGUUGGCAACUUUUAUAUUGGAAGUUCGUCUUGGUCAACCGCCGUACAAAGAUUGAGUCGGGACAACGGAUGACAUCGUUCUCUUUCCUCCUGAAUGACAAACGUGGUGCGAUCGGUCGCUCAUUGUCUGCCAUUCCGCCGGCUUACCGGCUCAUGGUGUUCAUGUUUGGCCAAUUGGUAUAUGCGGUUUUAACAGAGGCCCCUGCUGUGUACCUGCUCUAUGAUAGCCCAAAAGCCAGUGGCGCUUUUCUCAUUAUCAUCCUUGGCGUCAGUGUUUGGAAUGGCGGAGGUUUCUACAUCGAAGUAUUUGGUCGCAAAUUCGAACGUGAACUAGAAGCCCUGCGCAAGGAACUUGCUGAAUCAAAUGCUCGCUUAUCGAGUGGACGAUCCAGCCCAACGGACAUCACCCCGGCUCUGAGUCGAGGGCCAAGCUCAGACGCACUGAGUGCACUGAAUGACCUUUCGUCACCAGAAAACUCCCCGCCAUUGAUGAUGAACUCCAAGACUCUACUUCCUGAGGAUUCCUCGACGUCAACCCUCGACAUGAAUGGGGAAACCAAGAAGAAUCAAUGA